AAACUCUCCAACUUCACUCUCUCUCUAUCUUCCUGACGUGACCUCUCUCUCUCUUCCUCCAUCAAUGGCGACCACAAACUCUCUCCACCACCACCACCAUUCCUCAUCUUACCAACACCACCGCCACAAUCUCCAUUGCCAAUCUCACUUCGGACCAACUUCUCUCUCCCUCAAACAACCCACUUCCGCCGCCACUUUCUCUCUCAUCUGCUCCUCUUCUUCCUCCUCCGUCUCCGUCGUAUCCGCCGCAACCACCACAAACGCCUCCGCCUCAACCGCCGUCACCGCCGAAACCGCGACCAAAUUCGAUGUCCUAGCGACCCAUCUGAUCAACCAGGAUUUCAGGAAAGCCGACGAGGAAACUCGGAGAUUACUCAUCCAAAUAGCCGGAGAAGCCGCCGUGAAACGCGGAUACGUUUUCUUCUCCGAAGUGAAAUCAAUUUCGACCGAAGAUCUCCAGGCAAUUGACAAUCUAUGGACUAAACACAGCGACGGGAGAUUCGGAUACAGCGUGCAACGCAAAAUCUGGUUAAAGGUCAAGAAAGAUUUCUCUAGAUUCUUCAUCAAAGUUGAAUGGAUGAAGCUCCUUGAUACAGAGGUUGUGCAAUACAACUACAGAGCGUUUCCUGACGAAUUCAAGUGGGAGCUCAACGAUGAAACGCCUUUAGGACACUUACCGCUCACAAACGCGUUGAGAGGAACGCAGCUUCUGAAAUGCGUUUUGAGCCAUCCCGCGUUUGUGAUAGCUGGUGAUGAUAAUGAAGAAGCAGACGAAGCUGAAAAUAGAGUUGGGCCUAAGGAACCUAAGAAAGAUACGAGAAUGUUUAAAACAGAUUACAGUUUCUGAUGUCUUUUUUAAUUUAUUUUUUUCCGAUAAUUUGAAAGUAUAAACGAAUCUCUGUAAUCAAUCAUCAAUUAAGUGGAUUUUCUUUCUCUUCAA